GUGCCUCUCCUCUCCUCCUGUGUCAGCUCCCUCUCUCCCCCUGCUUAUCACUACCUCAUCCCUCGUUCCUUACCUCUCUCUCUCUCUCUCUCUCUCCAUCAUUUCUCCUAUUUUUUUACUUCCUAAAACCUUCCUAGAAGACCAGCUCUACCCACCCUUUAAUCCCGGCAUGAAGAGAUGCUCACACACACACACACACACACACAUACUACACACACACACACUCCACAAAUAUACUGCACUCGCCACACACACACUCACACACUCACACUGUGACUCUUGCACUGUGAGUGGCAGAAUGAGCUAAGGGGACUAUGGGCAACUGUGUCAAAUCUCCGCUAAACCACUUCUCCAAGAAGGACCGUAAGCGGAGCUACAAAGCGGUGCAGUCGUGUGAUGAAGCCCCGCCCUCGAGCGACGCCCUCGUAGCACUGGCACACAACUCCACCUACAUGCACAACGUCCUGGGACCCGCCUGCAUCUUCCUCCGCAAGGGCUUCGCAGAGAGCCGGCAGGCUGAUCGAGAGCUGAGGCCCGAGGAGCUGGAUGAGCUGCGGGAGGCGUUUAAGGAGUUUGAUAAGGAUAAGGAUGGGUUUAUCGGCUGUAAGGAUCUGGGGAACUGUAUGAGGACUAUGGGCUACAUGCCCACAGAGAUGGAGCUGAUCGAACUCAGUCAGCAAAUCAAUAUGAACUUGGGGGGUCAUGUGGACUUUGAGGACUUCGUGGAGCUGAUGGGACCCAAGCUGUUAGCGGAGACGGCGGAUAUGAUCGGAGUGAAGGAGCUGAGGGACGCCUUUAAAGAGUUCGACACUAACGGAGACGGUCAAAUAAGCACGGCUGAACUACGGGAAGCCAUGAAGAAACUCUUGGGACAACAGGUGGGCCACAGAGAUCUGGAGGACAUCCUGCAGGACAUUGACCUGAAUGGAGAUGGACACGUGGAUUUUGAAGAGUUCGUAAGGAUGAUGUCACGCUGAUUUGGGAUGAAGUGAUGCUGAUCAGAACUGGACUGUUCCUCAGGGAACAGCUGAAGGGAGGAGGUGUAGUAUUUUGGACUGUCCUGACCAGACCAACUACUGGAGCACAACCUCUGACCUCAAUGCCUCAAACUCCGCCCACAUCAACAACCCAACCCCACCCCUUAACACCCCAAACUCCUCCCCUCAACAAACCAAUCCCACCACUUCAACACCCAAAACUCCAUCCUCUCAUCUCCCCAAACCCCAACCACUCGCCUCCUCAGCCUGCGGGCCUGACCAGGUCAGCUGACUCUCAGAAACUGACCACUUCCUGUUCCUGUGAAACUGUGACCACUUCCUCUGCAGGAGAUCCGGAGCGCCUCUGGCUCUUUCUGCCGCUGCACUACAAAUGACAUAUCAUGUGGAUUAAUACCCCACACUAUACUGCAAUAAUAACAUUAAUUUAUCUGUUCAUUCAUUCAUUUAUUCAUCUGUUUGUUUGUUUGUUAUCCUCAUUUUCAGAUAUAACUGUAUUACUGUGUGAGAGUCAGGGAGAGUGUAUGUAUGUUCUAUAAUCUAUAAAGCUCUAUAAAUGAUAAAUUAUAUAUUUAAAUAUGCAUAUUGUCCAUCCAAAAUAAAUAAAUGAAUUCAGAAGUUGAUCUGAGACACCAGCUGACCAUUCCAUCACAACUAACUGACCAAUAGAAAUUAUCCAACGUAGCAGAACUGCUUUCUGUUACGUUACUGUACGUUAAAAGUCUUUGCCUUUUUCUCUCUUUAAAAAAUGACUAUUAACCGCCUCAUGUGGUGUAUAUAUAUAUAUAUAUCUUUAUCUAUAUUAAUAUUUAAUAAGAGAAUCCUGUGUUUUAUUUGUUUAACUGUAAUUUAUGUUUUUUAACAUAUCAGAUUUAAAUACUUUCACUACAUGCUCUUAUUGCUCUUUAUCUGAAUUUAAAGCCUUAUUUUAUUUUCAUUUUGUAAUCAAUACAUAAUGAAUUGAUCUCUUUUAGUUAAUUUAGUAAAUAAAUAAUCUCAAAGAUAUUUAUUUGAAAUUGAUUUUCAAAUUUUUUAAAUAUCUGCUUUAAGCAGUUCAUCUAAUCAUACAAAAAAUUAUUUUAAAAAUAAAAUGUAAUUAUAAGCAGAUAUUUGGAUGAAUUGAAAUAAUUUUGUAUAAUAAUGAUAUAUAUAAAAUGUGUUUUAAAUUAUAAAUCAGAAAAACAUAUAUUUAAAAAAAACAGAAUUCUAUUUAAUAUCGAUUUUUUUAUUGGAUUUGAUCCUAAAGGGUUUGCAGUGUAAAUAAAUGAAAUCACAGAAACCUGAUCAGAUAGGAAACGCCUAAUAACUAGCAUACUGUAAAUUAUUUGCACUGGAAAAUGCUGGAGAAGUUAUUUUUAUUUAUUAAUUUUUAUGUUUUUAUUUUGUUUACAGUACUGUGCUUUAAUAUGUUUGAGCUGCUGUGUGACUCUUAUUAUAUAAUUACUGUUAGUAUUGUUGGGACUUUUAUUCUGUAACUUUGCCAUGAUGAUGAGGAUCAGUGUGUUCUCCUGCAUGAGACCCAAGUCCCUACUCACAGUACCGGUUCCGGUUCUGCACUGUUCUGUUCUGUAGUUCAUUAACCAGCUCCUCCAACCACACACACACACCUGUCUGCUUCCUGAGUGUGUGUAUGAGAGAGGUAGUGUAUGUGUAACUCUGCAUGCCAAAAAUCUCAGUUUGUAGCAGAAUUGAACUUUCAGUAAAGAGUUUUAACCA